GGGCGGGGCUGGGCGGCGCCGGUGCGGGCUGAGGCAGCUGCCGCGAGUAGCGUUAUUGGCGUGUCCGACCUACCUCUGUAUCCUCACACGGUACCUCAUCGCGUGUUCUGGUCCAACGGGCUUAGCGCCUCGCCAUGGACUCCCAGAAAGAAGCUCUGCAAAGGAUCAUUUCAACACUGGCAAAUAAAAAUGAUGAAAUUCAGAACUUUAUAGAUACAUUAAAUCAUACACUAAAAGGAGUUCAGGAAAAGUCUUCUAACAUACUUUCAGAGUUAGAUGAAGAAUUUGAUAGUUUAUACUCUAUAUUGGAUGAGGUGAAAGAGAGUAUGAUUAACAGUAUCAAGCAGGAACAAGUCCGUAAAUCACAGGAGUUAAAGAGUCAGCUUACUCAAUGUAAUAAUGCUCUGGAGAACUCUGAAGAACUACUAGAAUUUGCGACAAGGUCGUUAGAGAUAAAGGAACCUGAAGAAUUUUCAAAGGCUGCCAGACAGAUCAAGGAUAGAGUCACAAUGGCUUCAGCCUUUCGCCUUUCUUUGAAACCAAAGGUCAGUGACAACAUGACUCAUUUAAUGGUGGAUUUCUCUCAGGAAAGACGGAUGCUGCAAAUGUUGAAGUUUUUGCCAGUCCCCAAAGCUCCAGAGAUAGAUCCAGGAGAGUGUUUGGUGGCUGACAACUCUGUAACAGUAGCUUGGAGAAUGCCAGAAGAAGAUAAUAAAAUUGACCAUUUUAUACUGGAAUAUAGGAAAACUAAUUUUGAUGGCCUUCCACGUGUAAAGGAUGAGCGAUGCUGGGAGAUAAUUGAUAAUAUUAAGAGUACUGAAUAUACACUAGCAGGUUUAAAAUUUGAUUCAAAGUAUAUGAAUUUCAGAGUGCGAGCUUGUAACAAGGCUGUGGCUGGAGAGUAUUCUGAUCCGGUGACUCUAGAGACCAAAGCACUUAACUUCAGUUUGGAUAAUUCAUCAUCCCAUUUGAACCUGAAAGUUGAAGAUACCUGUGUAGAGUGGGAUCCUACUGGAGGAAAAGGUCAAGAAAGUAAAAUUAAAGGAAAAGAGAACAAGGGCGGCAGUGUCCAUGUUACUUCACUGAAGAGACAUACAAGAAGUGGUACACCAUCCCCCAAGAGGACAUCUGUAGGCUCCAGGCCACCAGCAGUAAGAGGCAGCAGGGAUCGUUUUACUGGAGAAUCAUACACAGUGCUGGGAGACACUGCUAUUGAAAGUGGACAACAUUAUUGGGAGGUCAAGGCCCAGAAGGAUUGUAAAUCCUACAGUGUGGGAGUAGCAUAUAAAACUUUGGGGAAAUUUGACCAAUUGGGAAAGACGAACACUAGUUGGUGUAUCUAUGUCAACAACUGGCUACAAAACACAUUUGCAGCAAAGCAUAAUAAUAAAGUCAAAGCUUUGGAUGUUACUGUUCCUGAGAAAAUAGGUGUAUUUUGUGAUUUUGAUGGGGGUCAACUUUCUUUCUAUGAUGCAAACUCAAAACAGUUGCUGUAUUCCUUUAAGACAAAAUUUACUCAGCCAGUACUACCUGGUUUCAUGGUUUGGUGUGGUGGACUUACUUUGAGUACUGGGAUGCAGGUUCCAAGUGCUGUGAGAACACUUCAGAAAAGUGAAAAUGGAAUGACUGGUUCAGCUAGCAGCCUGAACAAUAUUACUCAAUAAUGCCUACUCAGAAUAUGCUUUCCCUACCCUCCCUCUUGGUUGGGUGGCCUUUGCUGUGCAGUUACUAAUCACAGAAAUUUGUGAGUGGUGGAAAUCAGGUUUGCUAAGUUCUGCUUUAAGGCCUGGAAUCUGUUAGCAUUAAGCAUCUAGUAUGAAGCAUUCGUAGGACCUACUGUGCAAUAUCAUAGAAGCAAGCAGAUAAUGAGCAAGAAACUCAUGUUUUGAAGAGUACAUGGGGAAAAAGACAGUGUUCGAAUAUUUGUAUAGAAACUCAUUUUUGUGUUUGUGGAUUAGUUUGACUCUUCUAAUAUGUUUAGCUGCAUUUGGUAACUCUAGGGCCUGGGGUUAAAAGCUUUUAAAUCUUCCCUUCUUUAUUCUAUAUUUUCUCUUUUCUAUCUCAUCAAUACCUAUUAUUAUUUGAUUGUUACACUGAAGCUUUAAAAAUAAACAGUCUGCUAAGAUUUUCUAAACAUUGAAAUCAUUGGUUGGGAAUGAUGGAGAGGUUUUCUUACAGUGGUUUGUUUUUCCUCUUUUAUAAAUAAGUUGACUUUUGCUAAAUUAUCCUCUUGUUUAUUGACUAGAUUGUGUAUCACUUUAUCUUUUCCAAAAUAUUGUGCUAUUUCUCUUGUGGUUAUAACUCAAAAUAGAGAGUGGAGAGUUUCUAGACAUAACAACAGCUUAAAAUCACCCAAAUUUCAGAUUUGUACGUGCUGUACUAACAAGUUGUAAUGGUAUAUUUAUAAGUUGCCCUGUUUAAUUAGAAUUCUUUUCAUUCCAUCACUUUGGAUUAUGGGUAAGAUUUUUAAAAGACUUAUAU